CUGGAAUCCGAAUACCUCAAGAUCCCCGGGGAGCAGUCGGUCAGCGUGGUUUUUAUCAAGGAGAUCGAUGGCUACAGCUUCGUGGAGCUGGACGUGGGCUCCGAAAGGAACACCGACGAUGAGCAGAUCCGCGAGGUGCUUUUCUCUGUGGUGGCCAGCGGGUCCAUCGCCUCUUACCGCACCUCCCGCAGGGGAUUCCAGUUCCGACGCCUGGGAGCAGCCCAAACCCCGCCUCCCCCCAUCUCCGAGGCGCCGCCAGUCUCCCCACAGAUCCGGCCCUGCACGGAGGACGAGUUCUCUUGCCUGAGUGGAGAGUGCAUCACCCGCGAAUUCUUGUGCGACCGGCGGCCGGAUUGCCGCGACAUGUCGGACGAGCUGGACUGUGAUGAGCCCGAGCCCCCUGAGUGCGCCCAGCAAGAGUUUGCCUGCGACAGCGGUGAAUGCGUUCCCCGUGCAUUGCGUUGCAAUGGACAUCCCGAUUGCGGAGAUGCUUCUGACGAGGAUGGCUGCGAACUCGAGAAGCCUUUGUUGACCACCUCCUCCCCGGGGCCCAGCACUGCCCGGCUCCCUGCCACCCCAUCCCCCAUCACCACCCGUCGGGCGCCGGUCACCAAGCCUCCUCUGGUGGGGGUCUCCAGGCCCCCACUUGCCCCUGGAUCGCGCCCUUGCCAGAAAGAAGAGGCCACGUGCUCCGACGGGCAAUGCAUCCGCCGGGACUUCCUGUGCGACGGCGAGCGGGACUGCCCGGAUGGCAGCGACGAAUUGCAUUGCGGCACUCCCUCGCCCUGCGAACCCAAUGAGUUCCGAUGCCGGAACGGGCACUGCGCCCUCACGCUUUGGCGCUGCGACGGGGACAAUGACUGCGCCGACGGCUCUGACGAGCUGGACUGCCCCACCAAGGGCCCCGGAGACACCUGUGGCCCCGACCAAUUUGUCUGCCUCUCCAGCCACACCUGCAUCCCGGCCAGCUAUCAGUGCGACGAAGAGGCCGACUGCCAGGACCGCUCGGACGAGAUCGGCUGCA